GUAGCAGACAAUGGCGGAAGUGCUUUGAAUAUGGAUAAGAAGCUAACUCCGUAGAUUUGAAAACCAGAAUUUUAAAGAGAUCAUUGAAGAAGAUAUGUUGUAUAAUGUGACAGUUUUAAUAGGAUAGAGGCAUGCAGAUGUUGUAUGCAGAUGUAGCCGGCAGUCACAGACGGUGACGACACACACUGAAGUAUGAAGAUACACCAGUACAGAACACCACUGUCACAGAGACACGUCAGGUGACUAGGAUUGCCAAUAAUGGGCUGCAGCUUCUCUCGUAGUCGUAGUGGAGAUCUGAAUUCACGCGUCUUCCGUGUUUACAAUGUUGAUGAACAAGGGCAGGAACUGAACCCUGGGAAGAUCGAGGUCAGCGACACUGAGCUCAUCCUCAUCCAGAAAGGCAAGGAAGCCAUCCGAUGGCCGCUACGAUGUCUAAGGAGAUACGGUUUUGACGCAGAAUUGUUUUCCUUUGAGAGCGGGAGACGCUGUCCCACAGGUGCUGGUAUUUACGCCUUCAAGUGUCGUAAUGCGGAGGCCUUGUUUAACACAGUCCAAGACUGCAUCCAGCGAGCUGGGCAGGAAGACAGCAGCCGGGUCAGUCAUAACAUCCUGCCACCAUCUAGUCGCCCCAACAGCCGGCCGCAGAGCAUGGUGGACACGCCGACAGAUAUGGACGGAAUAUUCAUGACCAACAGGACUGAUUCCGUCACCAGUAAUGGCAGUGCUCAUCACUAUAUUAACGGCACUAUAAACAAUGACUUGCAUGAGUACAUCAAUACGGGAAGCACGGCGACGCGACCGGGGUGUACAAGCAUGGACAACGCAGCAGCAUUGAUGGACUUACUUCAUAAUGGCCCCCUGCCCCCAGCAGAGCCCGAUCACCCACAAGUGACGUACGCUGUGUUAGACCUUGAGAGCACAGAGAACCUUGCUGAAAAUCUAGGUGAAGAUGGUGAUGUGAUUCGGAGAGACAGUGGUGCAGGAGACUCGCGGCAUAGUCUCAGUAUCGGAGGGGCAGGAGCUGUUGGUGUGGAUGACAUUGGAGCGGUCUCCCCAGAUGGUGAUGAGGAAGGGGGUGCUGCAUGUCCUACAUAUGUGAAUGUUGUUGCUGAUUGCCCACAGACAGUACAUGAGAAACCCAUUCCUAAUGGAGCAGCUGUCAAACAGCAGUCAGAACCUAAUUAUGCAAAUUUGGACCUGGGAGAAAACUCCCCGCCUCCUAGGUCUCGGCAUAAAGAAAUUUUGAAAGUGAACUACAUUACCCUGGAUCUGAAGAACCAGCCCAUGGACAAUGGAACCAACGGAGCUAGUGCUUCGCCAACAUCACCCACCAGUUUUGGAUCCUUCCCAGAAUCCCCAUGUCGAAAAACGGACAGUUACGCAAUGAUUGACUUCAAUAAAACUGCAGCUCUGCUCAUUGCUGCCAAAAACGUGGACGAUAGCCGAGGCGGUUCAGGCGGAAGGAAGACACGACACAACAGUGUCAUAACAGACAUGCCAUAACAUUGCUCAGUCAACCCAUGUGCCAUACCACACCCACAUCUGGAGGGGAAUCCGAGUUCAUGCUUUGGGUGUUAACAUACCUAUGGUACACAUAAUACUACAGUAUUUUGAUAAGUUCCUCGGUGGAUAUUCAGUGUAUGUUGUUGACAGACAUUUGUCAGAUUAUCUCGUCCCCUGGCGCCCAGGACGAGAACCUCUGUUGUCACUCCAGUGUAUGUGGUGAUUAUAGUAUUUAUGAUGUGUCUAUAGUACCUGCGCUUAUUGUGUUUAUACCGUCUCCUUAGUAUUUAUACUCUUCAUAUUGCAUUUAUGCCUUGGCCAUGGUAUUUAGGUAUACUCAUUUUGCAUUUAAUUCCUACCUAUGAAAAAAUACCUUGGUCAAAGUAUUUAUACUCUGGCCAUAGGAUUUAUAGGCAGGCCAUUGGAUUUAUAUUCUGGCUACAGUAUUUAUAGCCUGGUCAUAAUAUCUAUACUCUGCUCAUAGUAUUUAUAUCCUGACCAUGGUAUUUAUACCUUGGACAGUAUUCAUACAAUGAACAUAGUAUUUAUACCAUGUCCAUAGUAUUUAUACUCCAUUAAUAGUACUUAUACCAUGUCCAUAGUAUUUAUACUCCAGACAUAGUAUAUAUAUUAUGACCAUAGUAUAUAUACUCUAACUGUAAUAUUAAUACUCUGGACAUAGUGUUCAUAUUCUGGUCAUGGUAUUGAUACCCUCUUCAUCGUAUUUUUGCAUUUGAAACUGCAUUUAAUGUUUAUUUACCAGUCAUAGUUUUCAGAAGUACGACUGUUAUCCACUGCUUUUCUUCAGCUGCUAUCCUGUAGCCGUGUACAACAUCCAACCAGCUGCCGAUACCAUCUGUGUAUUAGGGAUGAAACCAUACACCAGUGCAUCUGUGCAUCUUGAGUCUCAUGCAACACUACAGUACCCAGUAUGUUUUUUUGCCUCAAUCGAUACAAGACGAUACUCUUACCGAAAUACAUACCACUCAUUUUCUGACACCACCCACCCCCAGAAUGUUUUUUAGUCAAAUAUUGCAAAAAGAAAUUAUUAGCUUUUGAAGUUUAAUACAUUUACACGUUUCUACAGCUAGCUGUGGACCUGCACUGAAAUAUUUAUGGUCAAGAAGUUUCCUAGCGAUUUGACAUGAGUAAAGCUGUCACAAACACAUAGUAUCAUGAUGUAUGAGAUAUGUAUUGUAUCAUGCCCCUGCUGUAUCAUUUCACCCCUACUAUGUAUACACUAAGUAUUGACACUCGGUAAGAAGUAUUCAGUAUUUACACUCCAGAAGUAUGAAUGUCAUGUGCUCCAAAUGAAGUACAAAGAAUGUCAUUCUCUUUUCACAGAGGUUACUCAAGUCAUAUCUACCUCUGUUCUAAUAUGGCCCUUUAAUGGUGUGAGUGUUCAGGAUUCGUGAUUGGUUGCAAUCAGAUUUUGUUGUGCAGCAACGUUGUUUCAAAAGUGAUCAUUCGCAAGGCCUCUGUAAUUUCCGUAUGCUUCAGGAAAACUAGAACCUAUUCCCCUGUGUGAUACGCAAACGUUUCUUCUAGACAGAUCUCAGUCAUGUAAUGGCGGAUCAAUAGCGUCUCC